AUGGUUUCAAAAACCACGCGAGCUGCUACUGCAGCAGCAAGAAGGGCGGCUGCACGCAUGCGUGCAGCCGCGGAAAGUGCCUUUCACAACUCAGCAGCAGGUGAUUCAUCGCCUGUUGUUGUGAAUCUUUCACGUGGUGACUCACCACGUGCGUCAGGUACAUCCCUUGCGUCUGCAGCGGGUACCACGAGUCGUAAUCAAGACGAGUCUGAGAUAGAGCUCAUCUAUUCUGGCGAGUCGGAUGAUGCACCCGACUCCAAGGCGACUCCUCACGCCUCCGGAUCACCCGGGGCGGACACUGCAGGAGCCACGUUGACUGGCUCUGGUCAACUUGGCGGUAUCAUAUCCGAGAUCUUUGGAUCGAAUGAUUAUUCCAAUGAAUCUCCGCCUCACGCAAGUCCAUCCAACGAUAGGACGCGUGGGGAUGGUGGUGAUGCACCUAUACAUCACCACGAGUGGAGUUAUUCGAGGGAUCAGGGUAACACUGAUGCUAGUGCUCAUGCUGGUACCACUCAAGAGGUCAGGGACCAAAAUGUCCUGCGCUACGCACCUCAAGUGGAGUCUUCUUGGAUGCCGUCAUCGAAAGGGUUAGAUCAAGUGGCCGGCAUGAAUACCGAACGGAAUCAAAUCCCGUUGUUCGACUUUAGGGAGAUCUUUUCUCUUAAUUUCAGCACGGAAACUAUCCGUGCUGAGAAAGAGUUUUACAACGGUGUGUUUCCAAACAUUGGUGGUACAACGGCAGACGUGUUCGAGACGGCAAAGCCUUGGUGCAACGAUGGAAUGCCUUCAUCCAUAACAUCGAGUGUAUUGGCCGUGAGGCCUAGCUCGGUAAACUCGAUGCAGCUCGCAUCAGAUUUGAGAAGCUUAACCCAGUGUGUAGAGGCCUUCCUCCCUAAUGUUCCAUACUGGAGGGUGAGCAUCUCUUCGGAGAUGGCCAAAGGGAUUGACGCUUUGCAAUCCCUGUACUCGCGUUCGGGGAGGUCGUUUUCCGGCGGCCCUUCUUCGAAUGCAGCAGGUGGGUCUCGUCAUAUUGCUCGACACGACCAAGGACAUCAACAAUCAGCUGAGCACGAGGCUCCCAGCUGUCUCAAGCCGGCCGGUGAUAGCCACGCCAGCGGACGUGUUAACUCGUCCGGACGCCAUUCAUGUCGCGGUGGCUCAAAAUACACUUCACCAGAAAGCGUUGACCACCGCCUGAGUCCACCAAAGGAUUUGGUGUGGGCGGGAACACCUGAUCCGGCUCGAGGGUCGGAUCAGCUUGAUGUUCAGGAACUGAACCGUGUAACGGAACAGUUACACGAUUACAUGGCUCAUGAACGGACUCGACAUUAUGAAUUCCAUGAUCUUGUAAGGGAUGAUUACGAUCCCUUAACGCUCGAUCGUUCGAACGAUCGUGCCGCGUUUGCGUUUGCGCAACUUGAGAACGAACGUCGCUUCGCUGUUCGACCAGACUGGCUCUUGAUGAAAAGGGACCACUCGAAGGUGGUCUCGUCCCUCGACCGCGGAGGUAUUCUUCGCAUCUCGAAACAAGCUCGUACUGAUAGUACGAGCGGAGAAGUCCAACGUAACAUUUAG